ACCCUAAACCUGAACUCUCUCAUUCUAGCAGCUCAACGCCUCAGUCCGGCUCUGGUUCGAAAGACGACUUAAUGGGCACGUUUCUGUAGUUACUGCACGAUGGCGAUGCUGCUUCCUCUCCUCGGCCAGCUUUCUCUCUCUUCCCAAAUCCUUUCUUUUCCCUCCUCUCCUCCGACUCCUCGUCUCCUCACCCGCUCCUCUUUCCGGCUUCUCCUACGCCACUCCAAAACCCUAUCCCCUCCCCUCUUCUUUCCCGCACAAGCCGCCAUUUCCGUUCCUCAGGAUCCAAUCUUCCUUCGUCAUUUGCAGCUCUUCGAGGGAGAUGAAGUAAAGGAAAAGAUCAACAAUGAGGAUUUCGAAGAAGAUGGCCUGGUGGACGAGGAGGAUUUGGAUCCUAUUCGUAGUUUCUUCAAAUCCCGUGAGCCAGUCUCGGACCCCAAGCACGAAGGGGGCAGAGGCUGGCACAUAGAAGACAUAGAUUCUGCCGAAGCCGACCUUAUGGACGAUGAAGAAGAAACCCUUCGAUUGGACUCCGAGGCUCCACUUGCCCCUGCUGAGCAUGGAUUAUUAGGAGAUAUCCUUCGAAUCGCGAGGAAUCUUCCUGAGAAUUCUACGUUGGGAGAUUUUAUGGGUUCUUUUGUUGGGAAGAUUGGGGAAGGUGAAUGUGUAGAGCUUUUGGCGAGGAUGGGGGAGGAAGGCCUUGCUUGGAGCUGCUUGUAUCUCUUUGAAUGGAUGGGAUUGCAGGAGCCGUCCCUAGUGACCACAAGGGCGUGCGCUGUGCUCUUUCCAGUUUUGGGAAGGGCUGGGAUGGGGGAGAAGCUGAUGAUUAUCUUUGAGAAUUUGCCACGAACGAAGCAGUUUAGAGAUGUUAGGAUAUAUAAUGCUGCAAUUUCUGGUCUGUCAUUCUGUAGCAGAUAUGAUAAUGCUUUGGAAAUAUUUGAAGCAAUGGAAGCCAAUAAUAUUCAACCAGAUCACGCGACCUGCUCCAUUCUCAUAACUUCCAUGAGAAAAAGCGGUCGAUCUGCAAAAGAAGCUUGGGAUUUCUUCCAACGCCUGAAUCGAAAAGGCGUCAAAUGGACUUCAGAUGUUUCUGGCGCAUUGAUAAAAACUUUUUGUGAGGAGGGACUAAAGAAGGAGGCCCUCGUCAUUCAGUCGGAGAUGGAGAAGAAUGGGAUCACAUCAAACACCAUUAUAUACAACACUUUAAUGGAUGCUUAUGGUAAAUCUAACCAGGUCGAAGAAGUAGAAGGCCUUUUCAAUGAUAUGAAGAAGAAAGGACUAAAACCAACAACCUCAACCUAUAACAUCUUGAUGGAUUCAUACAGUAGGAGAAUACAACCUGAGAUAGUCGAAGAUCUUCUUUCUGAAAUGCAAACAUUGGGCUUGAAUCCGAACGUGAAAUCAUAUACUUGUCUUAUAAGUGCUUACGGGAGGCAGAAAGGAAUGAGCGAGAAAGCUGCAGAUUCAUUUCUAAGGAUGAAGGCGGCGGGAAUCAAGCCGACUUCUCAUUCUUAUACUGCUCUUAUUCAUGCAUUUUCCAUCAGUGGGUGGCAUGAAAAGGCAUAUGUUGCUUAUCAAAGGAUGGUGAGCGAAGGAAUUACUCCUUCCAUAGAGACUUACACGGCUCUACUCGAUGCUUUCAGACGUGUCGGAGAAACCAAAAUGCUAAUGAAAAUCUGGAAAACGAUGAUCACAAAUAAAGUUGAAGGAACAAGAGUUACUUUUAAUAUUCUUUUGGAUGGAUUUGCAAAACAUGGCCUUUAUGUCCAAGCAAGGGAUGUGAUCUCUGAGUUUGGAAAGGUUGGUCUCCAGCCAACUGUGGUGACUUAUAAUAUUUUGAUGAAUGCUUAUGCAAGGGGUGGACAACAUUAUAGGUUGCCACAACUACUCAAAGAGAUGGCUGCUCUUGAAUUGAAGCCGGAUUCCGUCACUUAUUUGACGAUGAUCUAUGCGUAUUUACGUGUUCGUGAUUUUACUCGUGCUUUCUAUUAUCACAAACAGAUGGUUAAGAGCGGGAAAGUACCAGAAGCCAGUUCGUAUCGUAAACUGCGAGCUAUUUUAGAUGCAAAAGCAGCCACAAAGAAUAGGAGGGAUAGAAGUGCCAUUCUUGGAAUAGUCAAUAGUAAAAUGGGAUUGAAGAUGAAAAAAGGUAAGAAAGAUGAGUUCUGGAAGAGCAAAAAGAAGAGGUCCGUAAUUAAAAAGUUUAUCAGCCACUGAUCGGCACUAACUAGCUUAUUUUAGUAUUUUUGAUGCACUGAAAAGAUGGAUUUUGAGGAUUGAGCUUUUGAGACGUUAUGUUCUCAUCAGUUACCAUGAAUGAAGACAAACUUCUAUUCUUGGAUUAGAAUUUAGCGAAGCAAAGUGUGCCAAAGAAGGUUGUUACUAUUAGGUUUUAAUACAUCGAGUCUUUUCAGCAAGGCCACUGUUCGGGUGGGUUGGAUGUGUACACUAUUUAGAAAUACAAGAUAAUUCAAAACAGGUAUCAUCUCAUCGUUACAUACUGUAUGUAUCAUCCAUUAAUUGUUAAAUUAUUAGAUUUAGUAAUUACUUUUUAAGGGUUCAUGUUAUUGCCCAUUUUAAUCUUGAUGAUCAAUACAGCGUAGGCAAGAAGUUCUACAGUAAUAAUCUGUGUUGUACAUGAUUCAUCUCUUAAAAUGGACAACUCAACAAUAAAUGUCUCUUCC